ACAGAGAAAAUGAGUUGGAAUCCAUUUAAUCGGCACAACCAGCCGAGAAAGAGCAUCGUUUCUAAAACGGCCACAAGAGAAUUUGAACGAGAAGUCACAAGAAUAGAGGAUCUUGAUGAAGCUGUUAAGAAACUCAGCAAAGAUAUGAAGAAAUGCACAGAUGCAUUUUCAACAAUGUCUAAGACUGAGGUGAAGAUAGCUCAAGACCUGGCCACGGGUAACCUGUGUCUCCACUGUGGAGAAGACCAUCUCAAGGCUGACAUGGACCAAUGGGGCCAUGCUCUCACAAAGCUUGAUCAACAUACACAGGAUCUGAAUUCAGUCGCACAAAAGACAGUAAUGGACCCAAUGAAAAAAUUAGGCAGUGUGUUCCCAAGUCUCCAGGCUGCCGUCAAGAAAAGAGAACAGAGUCUGCAGGAAUGUAACAAGUGCCAAGCUAGAGUGGAGAAGUACCAGGACCGCGAGAGGACGGGCUCAAACAUUGCUAAGUUAGAUCAGAGUAAAAAAGCCUUGCAAACUGCCAAGGAAGAAUUUGAAACCCAGAAUAAACUUUUACAAGAAGAUCUACCAACGUUCUAUGAGGGCCGUAUCGGCUAUAUUGAGCCAUGUUUCCAGGCGCUUGUGUUGUCUCAGGCGCACCACAUCGGGGAGGCACGCAAGAUCUACAGUGAGAUAUACGACUCGCUAACACAGCAACAGGAUUUAUUGAUAACAGAUGAUGAUGAUGUGAUUCAGAGUAAACUGGCAGAGAUUAGGGCUUUGUCGAUUGUUGUGGAAUAGACUUAAGAUUUGGACUGUUUUUGAUAUCUCGGUACGGCGCCUAAUAUGUUUUAGUUGUGGCCUAAAUGAUUAACUGGCCAUAAUGUUAUUACUGCUGCAUGUCUAUGGACGCUUACACUAUUCUGUGUUGUUUCAGAAUCCAUAACUGUUUGUAUACCUUGAUUGGGAUACAGAAAUAUAAUAUACAUAAAUACAUAUUUUUAGCCUUUCUGCAGGAUAUUUCUUAAUUAGUUGUGCUCGUUUGUCUGGAGAGCU